GAGGGUGAGGGCAGCAGAAGCAGAAGCGUCUCUAGCUAUGAGGAGCCUUCUGACACAGACUGGGAUCCAAAUGAACUCAUAAAUCCUGCAUUUAAAGGUCUGUCCUGAAGAAAUCCAACCAAGAGAUAUGGAGAAAACGUUCCCGUCAACACCCUCCACUGUCACCACUCAGGGGUCAGGCUCCCUCCUGAGGGAAUGCUCGGCUCCUUCAGCUUCCCGUCCGAGCCAGAUUCCUUCUCCGCCCGUCUCCAGUAACCACUCUCCGGCACCUCCCCAGAGUGAAAGGUCCACAUCUUCAUCAAAUCCCAGACAAGCAUCUGACUCCUCUCCAUCAUCCACACUUGCCACCAUUAAUCCUUCCUCCUCUGACUGCACCCCUCACCCUGUCUCCUCCUCUCCUGUCUCUGGAGGUGCUACCACAAAGCGCUCCUUUGCUUCUGUGGCCAAGCGAGUGAUCCUCCAGGAAAGGCUUAGAAAGGCUGAGGAAGAGGGUGCCAUAGAUGAAGAGGAGGACGAGGAACCAGAGGAAGAGCUAAGUGUGGAGCUGCUGGAGGAGAAGGCCAGCAUGGGCGACGCCAGGGCUCAGACCCGGCUGGGUCAGCACUACCUGAUUCUCGCUGAUGAGAAGGAUACAGAUGUCAACAACAGCCAGGCUGUUAACUGGCUGAUUAAAGCAGCUAAACAGGGAAGAAGGACUGCAGCGAGACUGCUUCGGCAGUGCUGGAUCCAGAAAAAAGGAAUCACUCCAGAGAAUGAGGCGGACGUGCGUAAGCUGUCAACUGAGAGUAGGUUUGAGCUGGCAGUGCGGAAAGCAGCCAUGAUGAUGUACUGGAGGCUCAACCCAGACAGGAAGAAGAAGGUGGCUGUGUCUGAGAUGCUGCAGAACGUCAGCCAGGUCAACGCCGUGCCAGGAGUCGCUGCAAACAAAGUUCCUGUCCCUACUUCAGGCCAAACCCAGAAAGUGUUGGAGAGCAUGGUCAGCAAUGAUUCUAAUCAGCUGGUGGACCUGGAUGACUUUGUUGAGAUGACGAAAAAGUACGCAGACGGUAUCGUCCCACCUGUGCCUCAAAAGAGCAACCAGGUCUCAGACAAAAUAGAAACUGUGCCAACUGGCAGUGGAAAGGAGACCGAGGUUGUCUCAAAAGGAAACAGGAAGCUCCAUAAACAGCCUUGGAGUUUUAGUUGCAGUGGGAUGAUGCUGGACACCAAGCAGACUGGCGCCAUGAAGUCUGGCUUGAUGAUGCUGCAGUACCCGCUGCAUGCACUCAUUGAGAUGAAGGAGCACCUUGUUGACUGGACCUCCCGGGCUGGUGUUCUGUGGUUGAGCACCAUCAUCCCGACGCAACACGUCAACGCACUCAUUUUCUUCUUCAUCAUUAGCAAUCUGACCAUAGAUCUGUUUGCCUUUGUGAUCCCUCUGCUCGUCUUCUACCUCUCCUUCGUCUCCAUGAUUAUCUGCACCCUGAGAAUCUUCCAGAGCAGCAAGACUUGGGAGAACUUCCGAGCCCUGACGUCUCUGCUGUCUCGUUUUGAACCUGGCCUUGAUGUGGAGCAGGCGGAGACCAACUUUGGCUACAACAACCUAGAGCAAUAUCUAUAUUUUAUCCUUUCUGUCUUUUUUGUCAUCUUCUCCUUCCCCGUGGCUGAUAAGAAGUGGAUUCCCUGUUCUGAGCUCUCCACUGUGGCCAUCUUCUUCACGGCUGUUAGCUACCACAGCCUGAGCCCAGCUGCUGCAGCAUAUGCACGCAGAGCAAUGUUCAUAGAGGUUGCCUCAAAUCUGUGCAGCCUGACCCAGCUCCUGCCAGGGAAUAUGACGGCGCUUCGUUUCCUGGGACGGACCUUCACCACUCUGCCGCUCGGAGAGUCUGUGGUUCUAACGCUCAGUCUACCCUGCCUCCUCUAUGUUUACCUGUUCUACCUGUUCUUCAGCAUGGCAACAACCCGAGGUUUCCGGGGGACGUACUGCUUCCUGAUUCCCUAUCUGGUGUGCUUCAUGUGGUGUGAGUUUUCCGUGGUCCUCCUCCAAAACUCCUCUGCCGUGGGAUUAAUCCGGACUUGUGUGGCGUACUUUCUCUUCUUGUUUGCGUUGCCCGUCCUGGCUUUCGGCCUCGCCACCAUGCUCUUCAUCCAGCUCUUUAAGUGGUUCCUUGGGCUAGAGCUGACCAAGAUGAUCGUCACCUUGGCCAUCUGUGCCAUCCCUGUCACUCUGCGGCUCUGGACGCGGUACAGCAUGUCCAUCCUGGAUGUUUUUCGCUCUUUCACACAGUGGGGUCCAGUCAAGUUCAUCUUACUCUGCAUCUCCAUGGUGAUCCUGCUGUUCUCGGUGUACGUGUAUCACGCAGAAGGGCAGAAAGUGUACAACUCCACGCUGACCUGGAGCCAGUACAGCCAGGCCUGUGGGCCUCCUGCCUGGGAAACCAAAGGCAUGGCCCAGACUCAGAUCUUUUGCAGCCACCUGCAUGGACACAGAGUCACCUGGGUGGGACAAUUUAAACACGCCCGCAUAGCCGAGACAGAGAACGGAGCCCAGUCCAUCAUAAACAUUUUGCCAGUGUUCAUGGGGGACUGGCUGCGCUGCCUGUACGGUGAAACGUAUCCAAAGUGUGAGGCAAAGAACGUCACGCUGGCAAACCUCCCAAACUCAGAAGUGGUAAACGGCUCGUCUCCUGACUCGGUUUCUCUUCCCGAGCUGCUCAGAAUGCAGGAGGAGGAAGAGCUGUGUCAGGUCAAGGCUUUGGCCAAACACUCCUGCCAUGUCAAGCGUUUCGACAGCUACCGAUUCGAGGUGACAGUCGGCAUCGUCCAAGAUGGACGUGCAGCAGCAGAAGAUGCAGCCAGGGACAUAAUCCUGAUGGCCAGCCAUGAGUUCAGACAGGUCCUGCUAAACCUGAGGCCUGGUAACAAAGUGGAGUUUUGUACUAAACUGGAAGGUCGUUUAGGAGCCAAAGCUCCUACUUUUGAGCUCAAGGCUAUUCACUGUCUAGAUUGUGAUUCUUCUAGGCUGACUGGAGGGCGGCAGGUGAAAAUUGAAAGAGACUGGAGGCGCAACACAAUGAGAGCCCUGAAGUUUGCGUUUGACUUUUUCUUUUCACCGUUUCUUUCAGCAAAAAUCCCUGCCUGAGAAAAACAAGAUGGGAUCACUUCAGAACGUUGGACACUUUUAUUGUGAUGUUUUUAUAAUGCUACCCAUUUCAUUUAAAGUUUGGUUUACAAAUCGAUCUGAUAAACACUCAUGGGCCACUUUAUUUGACACACCCACCUGGGACUGGGUUGAAUCCUCUUCUACCUUCAUAAAUGCUUUAAUUCUUCAUUUCAAAGAUCCAACAAACAUUCCUCAGCAGUUCUGGUCAACGUUGACAUGAUGACAUCACACAGUUACAUCCAUGAUGUGCAUUUCUUGUUCCACCACAUCCCAAAGGUUCUGAUUGAUAGCUGGUGACUGUGGAGGAUGUUGGUAAACUCAUGGUCAUGUUCUGUUAGAGAUGAUCUGAGCUUUGUGAUGGGGUGCUUAGCAUCAGAAGAUAGGUCCGUGUGGUCACAAGGGGACGGACAUGGUCGGCAACAAUACUCAGGUCUCGUCUUUUCUCUGCAUUUGACCCAUCCCCUGGGGGAGCAGUGAGCUGCAGACAGCUGCGUUCAGGAACUGUUUGGUGGUCAAACUCCUUAAAGCUUGGUUUAUGCUUGACGCAUUCACUUUCCGCUUGGUGGUGCGGCUCGCGGAUGGAACACGCUUCACAACUCGCAGCGUUUAUGGUUCAUGCGGCUUGUCUCUGCGGUGAGCCAAUAUUCUCCCAAACUGUAGGGGGCAGCAUGGAGCUCUACGGCAUGCAUCCAACACUACACCACAGUAGAAGUAAAAAUGUUUGUUUACAACAUGGUAUUUCAGCAUUUUUAACAGCGUCCUCGUCUUUUCCGACAGUGCGAGCUAUUUCUCUCCAAGAAUUAUUAACAACAUGUUGAUCACGGUGAUCUCUGAGAGCUGAAUCAUACAAAUGUCUGUAUUUACGAACCUCUGCCAUACUAGUUCUUGCCGGUCCGCCAUGUUUUUCCGCGUCCGACCGUCCUCGUGGUUAGAAAUUUUCCUAGGUGCGCGUUGCGGAAAUUUUGGGCCGUGCGGAGGCGCGGUGGAGGGGCGUGGUUGUUAAAAUGACGCAAUUUCGCCGCGCGGAGCCGUGCGGACCUCGCGGACGCGUCAAGCAUAAACCAAGCUUAAUACUGAGUGUCAAACGAGGAGGCAUUGGGUCCCAUUUUAAACGUCUUUGGUAUGACCCGGCCAUGGAUUUGAAUCCACGAUCUCCCGCCUCAGGGCAGACACUCACAGGCCACAGAGCUGGUUAAACCAGGCACAGGUGGGACUAAGGCAGGAGUAUUCAGUUCAAAUCUGUUUCUACUCACCUGGUUUCAAUAUGCAGGUGAUUAGCAGGCUUCUGCACAUGUGAUUCAACUACUGAAUCAAGUGUGUUGGAGCAGAGAAACCGCUAAAACGUGCUGGACACCGGCCCUCCGGGACUGGAAUUGAAUAUCCCUGGACUAAGGUGUCCAAUGUGAACCAGAACAUCUUCUUUAUGGAUUGUAUCAUGCUUUCGUGCUGGUGACGCCGUAUUCUGACCCGACCAUCUUAAUGUUGCAGCUGAAAUCCAGACUCAUCAGACCAAGAAAGGUUGUUGCCUAGGUUUCCACUUCCUAGCUGACAGGAGUGACAUCUGGUGUGGUUUUCUACUGCAGGAGUCCAUCUGCUUCAUGGCUCAACUCGCCGUGGUCCUGAGAUCCUGUUUGGCAGAACCUGGUUGGAACCAAUGGUUAUUAUGAGCUGCUGUUGUCUUUCUGUCUGAAAGAACCCAUCUGACCACUGUGCUCUGAUCUUUGACACCAGCAGUAGGUUUUCAAUCCUACAACUGCUGCUUACAGAAUAUUUGUCGUUUUCAGAUCAUUCUCUGUUAACCCUAGAGAUGAUCGUGGUUCAAAAUCCCGGCAGAUCCACAGUUUCUGAAAUACUCAGACCAACCUGCCUCGUGUUAUCUACUAUGUCAUGUUCAACAUCUCCUUCCUCUUUAUUCUGAUGCUCAGUUCAAUCUUCAGCAAGCCAUCCUUAAAACGACUAGAUGCCUGAAUGCUGUGAGCUGCCGUCAUUUGAUUGGUCUAUUAGAUCUUUGCAUUAAGCAGCCCAACGGGCGUUCCUAACAGAGUGAUCAGUGAGUGUAGAUCAACAGGUGAUGUGUUUAUUAAUAAAGAGAAUAGUUUAAAGGACUGUGUGUGUUUCAGAAGUAGUCCUUAACCAUCAGGAGUUUAAAUAUGCAUGGUUGUUCAUGUUUUCUAUUUUCUUUGGUGUGGAAUCUCUAUGAGUUACUGAGUUCAUUUGUACAUUUUAAUCUUCCUCUCUCCGUUGUUUUCAGAACAUUUUUCACUCCAAAUGAAAAUACCAAAAUAAAAAUCUAAUACAGAUCUCUGGUUGAAUCAACAACACGAAAACAGACAGAAACAAAUGAAGAAUUGGCUGUUGAGUGCAUUUGUAAUCCACACCACUUUACUUUUUAACUAAACCCUAAAUACUUCCUUCAGAAAGAACAUCUGCUUUUAUUUGUGGCAUUUAGUGAUUGAAGGUUACAAUAAUAGCUUACUGCUUAUGUUUAUAUGUUUACUUUUGCUAUUAUUUUUCUUCAAAUUACUCUCUAAUUGUUUGUGCUGUUGGAACAAGUGAAUUUCCCAACUGUGGGAUCAAUAAAGUCUAUUUUAUUCUAUUGAUUUAAUACUUUCCUGAUCAGUUUGAAUCUAUCAUUUAGUCCAGUGUAUUAUAUUAGAAAUUAUAACUACAUAUAAAAAUGAAUCCAUGCUGAUAUUGAGUUUGUAAAAAAGCAUCUAGGCCAGGGGUCGGCAAUCCGCGGCUCUGGAGCCGCAUGCGGCUCUUCCAUCCAUCUGAUGCGGCUCUCUGUGCUUGUAAAAUAAUGAAUGGAUAUUUAAAUAAAAUGCUUUAUAUUUUACUGCAUUAAUUUUACAUCUCUAUGCUAAUUCUAAAUGUAAAGAUUGUCUGCGUAAACCUGAACAGGUCCAACCCGGUCUUACUGUGAGACCGGGUUGACGGGUCACGCUUGUGCGUAAUCAUAUGCGUGUUCUGAGCUGACAAGGAUGUGAGAUUCUGGGAUUCUCCUCAGAUGGCUCCUGGAUGUGUCGCCACAUUGGAGACAGGAACAAGCACUAUUCAGCCAAAGUUUCAUAAUCAGGGAACAUUUUCUAAGUGACAAGUCUCUCUUCAGUCGGAGGAAUCUUCCUGCAUGCGCUCUGGUUCUGCGACGUGCUCCAAGCCCCUCUCCACAUCUUCAGCUCGCUGUGCACCUUACGUGCGCGCUGACAGCGAGCUGCGCUGAGCAUUGUCCAGCUCAGAUGUUCAGAAGGAAAUAUUUUCUUGGGUGAUUUAGCUACAUCUGCGAUGUGCGUAGAAUAAAAUGUCAGUUUGUCUGCAUGCGUCGGGGUAAUUCUUUCUAUUCUUUCUCCGUCAAAAUAAACGGUCAAAUACGGGAACUAUCCGGUCAACACAACACAAGCCCUGCUUUUAACUGUUCUGUUUUCUUGUGAAAAUUGUUGCAAAGACAUUUAAUUUAACUUGAUUAAUACUGCCCCGUUAUCUCCGUCACUAUAAAUGAGGGAAAAACAAAAUGAUCGGAUCCUUUUCUGACCUUCCCCACCUGCAAUGUUUAAUUACAACAAUCAAACGUGACAGAGCCUGGAUUUGUAUUCUGAACAGUCUAAACAUGUUUUAAAAAGAAACGUAUGACAAAAGUGGCACCUGCUCAGUAAAACCACCAACAGGGUGAAAAAUAUCUAAAUAUUGUAGGCAGAGACGGGCUACAACUUCUGGAUCCAUUUUAUAUUAAUCGUUUUAUUGAUUAUCUUCUCAUGAAAGAUAACUUUGAUGUACACGAGCGACCGGUACUGGCUGCUGUCACCUGUUGUGAUUGGUUAAAGAGCUCUCUGCUGUCUGAGGGUAGGCCCCGCCCACAACGCCGCGGCUGCUGUGGCUCCCAGUGUUUUCUUUACUGUGGGAAAUGGGUAAUAAUGGCUCUUUGAUGGGAACAGGUUGCCGACCCCUGCACUAGGCAGUAAGACAAUAGUGUUUUUCUUUUGGAUCAUUUGUUUUUAAUGAGGAAGCGUCGGUGAAAGAAGCUGACGUGUAAAUACAAUUAAAGUGUGUGUUACAUGUUGAUGUGUUUAUGGGACUGAAUCUUUUUAAAGACAUUUGAACCACAGCUAGUGUUGGAACACCACAGCUGACCUUUGACCUUUCUUGUACAAACUGGAUACUUCAGAAUAAAAACGUUUACAAGAACAAA